GGCACACAGUAAUUUGUUUGAAGGUAUGGGCACGCCUUUACACUCCUCAAUAAAACCCCAUUUCGAGGCGUGUAGAAACUUUUAUGUUAAAUAGAAUUCAGACGUGAAUGUUGCAGCUUUAAAGAUGACUAGCCUUUCAAUUUCUCCAUCAUGUACUCCUCCACAUUCGUUCUCUGAGAAUUUUCAUCAUGGAGUGGUACAAGAGAGAUGUGAUUUUGAUGCAGUACAAACAUUAUUGUCCAUAAGCCAACAGACUUCUCUUCCACAGCAUGGCAGCAGUAUCCAAGAUAGCAUGGACUUUUUCUGUCACAGGCAUAUGGAGAUGACACCCCCAAACUCCGAGGAUGAAUUGGAAGAAAUUGCUCAGGAAAACAAAAAUAGCUCUGAACAUGAUAAGGUGCUCCUGGCUCCAACUCCUCCACAAACUCCAAGUUCCCACAUAACAGGCAUGCCAGUUUCGGUCAUUAGGAGAGCUCCACGGACACAACAUUUCUCCGAACAGAGUGGUUGUGGAAAUAUUAGAAUGCUUAAUGCUGAUAAAUUAAUGGAACUCCCUCCCUGUAAUGAAAGUAAUAUGUUUCCUAGUAAAAAAUCAGUUGUUUGUCCUUCUGUUAACCUACCUUUCACAACUUCUGCCCAGAAUAUUGUAAUUUCUAGUUCUGUAACGUUUCAAAAUACUCCAGUUACAACAGUUCUUCCACUCUGUUCUAACAGCUCAUCACAGCAGUCUGCCUUUGGCACAACUAUUGUACAGUCUACUGCUAAGCCCAUUGCUAUUGCUCCAAAGAUUAUUCCCAGUACAGUUAUUCCAUUAUUUUCCACUGUCACUCCAUUAGUUACUAGUAGCAGUAAACAGCAAGAUAUUUCUGCUAACUCUUAUGUUGUUUCUCAGUGUCCAGCAUCUACUAACAUGCCUGGUAACCCUACAACCUUGAUACCCAUAACAGGGACAAAUGGACCACUGCUUCAGCUUAUGGUCACAGGGACUUCAUUUGGAUUAACUGGAACAGCAAUGACCUGUGGUACUACUAAUGGACUUGUUACAAAACCAAGGAUUCUCUCACCUGCAUCUGUAGUUUUCUCAUCAUGUGAUAAGUCAGAUUUCUUAGCAGAUACAAGACGAAGAGCUUAUCAUUGUUCCUUUCCAAAUUGUUCGAAAACUUAUUUCAAGAGUUCCCAUUUGAAGGCUCAUAUCAGAACUCAUACAGGAGAGAAACCAUUUGCUUGUACAUGGGAAGGGUGUAAUCGAAAAUUUUCAAGAUCAGAUGAACUUUCACGUCACAAGCGCACACAUACUGGUGAGAAGAAAUUUGCAUGUCCUGUUUGUGAUCGAAGAUUCAUGAGGAGUGAUCACCUUGCUAAGCAUAUAAAACGACAUUCCAGUGGUAAGCGAGUUGGACUUUGGGUUGGUCAGCAUUCUGCCAAUAGUAGAUCAAGUGUAGAUGGAUCAAAAUGUGGUGUUUUAGGAGUCGGUCAUGGAAUGGGAGCCACUACACUCCAAGUCCUUUUUCCAACAGCUACAUAGAUUUUACUGAAUGAUUUCUGAAAUUUUGGCUGUGAUUCAAUGUAUUAAUAAUGUUAUAGAAAUAAA